GUUUUUUUAUCAUUUCAGCGCAGCUUAACUAGCUAGAAAUCAAACCCUGAAGUUGCGUUGAGUGGAUGCGGUCGCUUAAAAACCAAAAUAUUCGGACCCCGGCCAGAUUAAAGCUGACAACAGGCGGACAGUGAGUCGGCGUCACGAGCCGAGAGAAGGUGGACGAGGUCAUUUUCCAGACGACUUCAUACUUUUCUGGAGGCCUCGGGGAAAAACACAUCACGAUAAGCUAACGAUAAGUAGCCACCAUGUCGUGGGAAGAAAUGCCCCGUUUCGUGGCCUCGCCUCUGCCCCGCUGGCCUGCUCUCUGAUUCCGCGCCGCGGUAACUUCGCACUCGGCCGCCCAAUGCAGCUAACAGCUAGCAUUAUAAAUUAGUCAACACCCGACGGUUUCACUCUCCGCUCUUUAGCUCGCGAGCCAUGGCGGACAGCUUCGGAGAGCAGUCCAGCGGCGGUGCCCACGGCUCAGGCGUCACCGGACAGGGGAGCGGAGCUUCGCUGCUGCCGACUUUGGCCAACUCUUUACCGGUGGGACACUCUGCGUCCAGCGGUGGUCACACCAGCCCGGCCUCCCCCCCUCCCGCGGCGGCCGCGCAGAGUGGCCUUACUGCUUUGGUGGCCCCCAUGUCCGCUGUCAACGCAACCACGGCCGGGUUUGGUAACACGUUCACCCCCGGCUCCUUUCCCUCGGUCGUGGCCGUGUCUCCGAGCUUACACGCCUCCUCGGUUCUCCCCGGUGUCGGGCUCGGGCUUGGUGGGGUGGCAGGAGCGGACCUUCUGUCCCAUAUCCACGCCACGUCUUGGGACCCGACCCUGAGUACGGACUGGGACAACGAGAAGGCUUCCCAGCAGUGCAUCCUGAGGAUAAAGAGGGAUAUCAUGUCCAUCUACAAGGAACCUCCGCCAGGGAUGUUUGUCGUUCCCGAUCCUCAAGACAUGACCAAGAUCCACGCCCUGAUCACUGGGCCGUUCGACACGCCCUAUGAGGGUGGCUUCUUCCUCUUCCUGUUCCGCUGCCCCCCCGACUACCCCAUCCACCCACCGCGGGUCAAGCUCAUCACCACCGGACACAACACCGUCCGCUUCAACCCCAACUUCUACCGCAACGGCAAAGUCUGCCUCAGCAUCCUGGGGACAUGGACAGGCCCAGCAUGGAGCCCAGCGCAGAGUAUUUCAUCUGUCCUCAUCUCCAUCCAGUCCCUGAUGACGGAGAACCCCUAUCACAAUGAACCUGGCUUUGAACAGGAGCGCCACCCGGGGGACAGUAAGAACUACAACGAGUGCAUCCGCCAUGAAACCAUGAGGGUCGCUGUGUGCGACAUGCUGGAGGGCAAAGUCCCGUGUCCAGAAGCCCUGUGGAGUGUGAUGGAAAAGUCCUUCCUGGAGUACUACGAUUUCUACGAGGGCGUCUGCAAGGAGAGACUGCAUUUACAGGGACAGAACAUGCAGGAUCCGUUUGGCGAGAAGCGCGGCCGCUUCGACUACCAGGGCCUGCUGGCUCGCCUCGGCGCCACCCACAGGCGGGUACGCGAGAAGAGCCUGGCAGAGGAAGAACGCAACGUCGAGGAUUCAGACUCUGACACCAGCUCCACGGGGACGGACCCCGACAGCCAGGGAAGCUCCCAGCCCUAACUCCCCCCACCUCGGACAGCGCUGGACUUAAGCGCCGGGCCAAGAACUUAAGGGCAAAUGGACCUUUUUUUCUUUUCUUUUUUCUCUUUUAUUUGUUUGGUGUGCAGUGGAGGAACAAAGUCACAGGAUAAGUUUAGCGAAUUGGAAUUAAGCUUCUGUUGUACGUUUCAGAGAGAGAGAGAAGUAUUUGUAGUCCUCUCUACAAUGAAAAUCAUCCGCUCGUGAAAUGCCCGGUGAAUCUGGCUUGGGGCGGUGUAGUUGUGCUACUUGUGUAGCUAACCAGCUGCCAUGUCGAUGUCCUGUUUGAUAAAAAAGAAAAGCCAGAUGGAUGUUGAGAUCAACCAGCCACUGUGCAUAUAAAAGGUUAGAUCCGUGGCUCAAGCCGCUGAAUGCAGAUAUUGCAUCAUUCUAAAGUAGUUCGCUCCACUUUGACCCACGAGCCUAGUCAGUCUCUUUCACAUACUCUGUACUUAGGAUCUGAUGGGGAUCAAACCCAGGGCUCCCUUUGCUUUUGAGACCGAGAGCAGGUUGGGGGGCCAGGCGAAGGGGGCCGCAUACUGGCAAUGUAGGCUCUCUUUCGCCUUUUAAAUCCAAGGACAGACCUUUUUAACAAGCAGGAUGUAGUUGGACGAAGUGGCGAGGCCGAGGACUCCGCUACCGGGCCACUUUAAGAACAUCAGCAGCUGUUGCCGUUAGUUGUAUAAAGAAAACUUCUGCUUAGCUUGCAGUUCUAAUUGUGCUGUCGAGUCGACAGUGAAUCAAUUCCCCAGACGAGAAGCCGGUAGAAAGAAAUGUCACCAUUGAAAUCCACCUUUUUGUUAUGCCGUGUUCUUACUGUUGUGCUGAAACUAAUGCUUCACUUCUGCAGGCUGCGUUGUUUACUUGGGAAAACCCUGCUGUUCUCACCUGUGAUUACGGACCAUCGCUGCGCUUCAGCUACAUCCAGCUGGCUUCUGGGAGGGGGAACUAAUGGCGGCAAGCAAAAGUAACUCCCCGUGUUCUCACGUCUGAAAUGAGGGUCCAUUCCAAUGCUUUGUAGCGUGUAUACCGCUUUAGUAUUGCUUUCUAUGUCAUUUAAAUUCAUACUUUUUUGUUAAAAAUAAACCCGAUACUCCAGUAAUUUCAUAUACCUAAAGAGAGCUGCAGCAAUGACCCAGAAGUGAGUCGGCAUUUUUUGUAUUUCCUGUUCCCUCUUCUCAAAGCCAAUGUGUUUUCUUUGUUCAACGCCCAAAAUAAGCUCUGAGAUUUUAACAUUUUGUUCUACGACAUAUAAAAUGCUUUAGUCGAUAGACCCCUCGUGAUGUUUGAAUCUUUUUACGAGUCUUAACAAGUGGCUAAAUGAGACGACGGAACCAGUCCUCCUUUUAGUUAGCUUGUUACUUCUGCCGCUUGCAUUCCCGCUUCAAAAAUCCUAAAAGUGGUGUUCGUUAAAGAAGAUUAUGAACAAAAUGUUUAAGUAGAAUAAACAUUUGUUUGCCACAGAGCUUGUUUUCUGAAAUAAUCCAGAAUCCAAUGGAAAAAUCCCAUUGAUUUAUUUUUCGUCGAGGGAACCGGAGCGAUUGCUCACGACAGGAAGGACUCCACGGAGUAGCCGAUAGCGGUCUAACUCUGCUAAAACAGACAGUAUGUGAGCAUUGUGUCCAGGUAGAGUUUGGGAGAGCCCAUUCUCUUCUAGGAAUGGUUGGACAUUUCUUGCCGAGAGUUGGAUAAGACCGAUAGCUAAAGCUUGGAGACUGUAAACCAUGGGGGGGUGGGGGGCGGUGCUUCAUCAUCUUCAUCCACAUACUAGCACUCCCAAAGCUCACUAAUUAUCACAUAUCUCUGUUUAAUCUGCAACAACAACAUGUAACAGUGACAUUUAACAAGAGAUUUAACAUCAAUGAAACAAACAAGAUCCGACGUGUUAAGUGAGCAUUGAACGGUGCCGGUAAACGGACAUUGUUACCUUUUAAGCUAAGCUAGCCGUUUUGUGAUAGCCAUCAAUUCAACUCUUCGCCAGAAAGGGAAUUGGAAUAACUCCUCAUUCCGAAUGCAGGCUCUUAACUUCCACAUUAACGCCCUUCUUGUACGCUUUUCAACGAGGGGUCGGACCAAUGUUGUCUUGUGCUGUCGUGUUUGCUUUCGGCCGUCCAACGUCCUCCGGGGUUCGCCUCGAGCGCUCCACCUCCACAGUGUUGGUGAAGAGAGGGGCGGCCUGCUCCUGCUGUCCUGUCCAAACCCCGGCCCGCCCGGCAGAGGCUCGUACGCUCAAAAUGGGGUUUACGAAUGCAGGGCAUUCCUUUUUUAUUUAGUCUUUUUUAUUAUGUUGUAGAAUGUUUAUGCAGAGAAGCGGCUCCGAGCAGAAUAUAUGUAAUGGUCAAACUUCCCCGAACGUGGAUGAGAAGAGAUCGUAUCCCUGUUUUGGUUUGUGUUGUGUUUGUGCUUAAAGCAGGGUUCUUCUGGGGCGCUAUUAAAAAAGCCUGGAUUACUGACGGAAGAGAUCAUUUCCUGGUCUGAUAAAAUGUCUGUAUCGUUCAGACGUUCUGGAGAAGUACAGAAUAAAAUGUUGUUCAGUCCUGA